AUCAGGCUGCUGAAAUUGCUAGAGGGAUUGAAUUGGGAGAGCUUGACACAGGAAGAGGGGCCAAUCAAAUAGGAUCUUUACAAAGGGCCGGAGACACGAGAUGGAGUUCCCACUACAAAUCUAUCAAAAGUUUGUUAAAGAUGUUUGCCGCAACUGUUACAGUGCUAAGAAGUGUAGCAGCUGAUCGUUCAGCUACAAGGAACUCAAGAGGUGAUGCUGGAGGUUCCCUGAAAAUCCUACUCACAUUUGAUUUUGUGUUCAUUCUACACUUAAUGGAAAGAAUCAUGAAAAUCACGGAUGUCUUGUGUCUCAAACUUCAACAUAAAUCUUUGGACAUUGCAAAUGCAUUAGAUUGUGUUUCUAACAUAAAGGUGUUGCUUGGUGAACUAAGGGAAGAUGGAUGGGACAGCCUUUUUGAAGAUGUGAAAUCCUUUUGUGUGAAACAUGAGAUUGACAUCCCGAACAUGGAUCAAAAGUAUGUUGGUGUGACAAAAUCUCGAAAUAAGCAUGACAACACCACAGUUAUCCAUCAUUACAAAGUAGAUGUGUUUAAUGUUGCAAUAGAUCAACAAGUGAUAGAGUUGAAUGAUCGAUUCAGUUCUCAAGUAACUGAGCUACUAGAUCUUUGUUCAUCAUUGGACCCGAGGCAUGAUGCCUUCAGCAAGUCAAAGAUAUGCAGACUAGUGGAGAAAUUCUAUCCUGCAAAUUUUUCUAGUCAAGAAAGAGAUCGGUUGGAGUGCGAGCUACCACAUUUCCAGCUUGAUACAUUCAACCAUCCAGAGAUCAAGAACUGCAAAUUACUUGCUGAUCUAACAAAAGGAAUAGUUAAGACUGGCAAGUCUUCUGACUAUCCAAUGGUUGAGAGGUUGUUACGACUGGUCAUAACUCUCCCGGUGUCAACCGCAACCGCAGAGCGAGCCUUUUCUGCAAUGAAACUAGUCAAGACGCGGCUUCGAAGCAAAAUGGGAGAUGAUUUUCUUUGCCAUUGCACGCUAGUUUACAUUGAGAAGGAACUUGCAGCCAAGUUUAGCUCUGAAGAAAUAAUCGAUAUCUUCGAUACUGGUGCUCGUAAAGCAGAAUUCAAAUUGAUAGAAAUGUAAUUUAUUCUUAGUAUUGAAAAAUAGACGUAUAUUUACUAUCUAGAUGUUCUAAACCCUAUUA